CUCCUACCUCCCUCAGCCUUGCACUGGGAAGCUGGUGAGGGGGCUGAGCCGGGUGCAGAGAACUCUCAGCUGGAUUUCCGAGAAUGGUAAAUAAGGCUGGUCAUCCAAAUUUGGAAAGGCCAUUGAUCUGCCUCAUGUAAAGUAUGCUCAGCUCCUUUCCAGUGGUUUUGCUGGAUACCAUGUCUCACUAUACAGAGGAACCCAGAUUUACCAUAGAACAGAUAGAUCUGCUUCCAUGUCUUCGGCGUACCGGGAUGACCAAACAUGAAAUUAUUCAUGCGUUAAAAACUUUGGACCGUCUUGAUCAAGAGCAUAGUGAUAAGUUUGGAAGGAGGUCCAGCUACGGGGGAAGCUCAUAUGGGAACAGUACCAACAACGUUCCAGCAUCUUCCUCUACAGCCACAGCUUCCAUGCAGACUGAACACUCGGGAAUGUCCCCAUCACCUAGCAACAGUUACNAUACCUCCCCACUGCCUUGCACUACCAAUCAAAAUGGGAGGGAGACCAAUGAUCGAUUGUCCACAUCCAAUGGGAAGAUGUCACCAUCUCGCUACCAUGCAAACAGCAUGGGUCAGAGGUUGUAUAGCUUUAAGGCCCCAGAAGAGGACCUAGAUGUAGAUGAUAAAGUGGAGGAAUUAAUGAGAAGGGACAGUGACAGCAGUGUGAUAAAAGAGGAAAUCAAAGCCUUUCUUGCNAAUCGGAGGAUUUCCCAAGCAGUUGUUGCACAGGUAACAGGAAUCAGUCAGAGUCGAAUCUCUCACUGGUUGCUGCACCAGGGAUCAGAUAUGAGUGAGCAGAAGAAAAGGGCUUUCUACCUAUGGUAUCAACUUGAGAAGACAAACCCUGGGGCUACGUUAAGUAAGAGACCUGCCCCCAUUCCAAUAGAGGAACCUGAAUGGAGACAAACACCUCCCCCAGUCUCUGCCACACCUGGAACCUUCCGGGUUCCACUAGGGAGUAGAUUUACCUGGAGAAAGGAGUGCCUAGCUGUCAUGGAAAGUUACUUCAAUGAGAACCAGUACCCAGAUGAAGUAAAGAGAGAAGAAAUUGCCAAUGCUUGCAAUGCAGCCAUACAGAAGCCAGGUUAA